AUGAACAAGCAGACAAAUCCUUCGAAACUCGGGUUUUAUCCACCAUGUUGGCAAGCAUUUCUCCAGGCCGCCAAAUUAGAAAUGUGCUUGCAAGCUGUUCUGACUCAUCCUGUCCCAGAGCAUCAGGAUGCGCUACAGCUCGUGCAAGAAGUCUUAGAUGCAGUAUUAUGGAGUUACCAUUCGAAGAGGAUCAAAAUGGAAAACGGCCAUUUCCCGCAGUAUAGGGCACAGAUGUCACGCCUUCUUUGCGACAACUUAUUCACAUUUUGCACUGAGCUCAAGAAAGUUGUAAUAUCUAUUGCAAAACAACUGGAUGGUAUCUUUCCCAAAGCCAACAUGGGGCAGAAGGAUGCCGUACAACAGCAUGACAAGUACAAGAAUUUCGUUUCGCAAGUUCUCAAGGACGCAUGUAUCGACUUCUACUACGGUAACGGCAAAAAGGCCUUCAAGUUGACCGAAGAAUUUCGCAAAACAAUCCCCAUCAACGCGCUCAUUCUCGUGAAGGGUAUUCUAACUGGGUUCUGUGAUACCAGCACAGACAAAGUCCCCAACCUGUCCGCUGAUAAAUGCAGGUCAGGUGACACACUGAUGGACAAUUCCGAGCGUCGUCAGGAACUGGAAAGUAUGCUAGAGGAAUGGGCUGAUGUGGGGAUGAUGGGCAGCGACGAUGUCAACAUCAUUUUGUAG